AUGGCGCUCAACCUAGAACACCAUUUGCGCUUUUACGGUGCUUACCAUAGGGAUCCUGUGAAUAUCGGGAUCCAUAUCGUAUGCGUACCAAUGAUCCUAUUGUCUGCAUUGGUCUUGGCGACCAACUCACCCAACCUCGAAAUUCCUGCUGCCUUCUCGAUACCGUAUUUCCCGAUCAAUAUCGGGACUAUCGCAGCAUUUCUCUAUGCUAUUCUGUUUAUACUGCUGGAACCAGUGGCUGGAGGUCUCAUCGCCCCUCUCAUCUUGGGCUGUACCGCAUAUGGAGCUCAUCUGGUGGAGAGAUUGGGACAACCAGUCAACAACUGGGCGAUAGGGAUCCAUGUGUUCUCUUGGAUUGCUCAAUUUAUUGGUCACGGGAAAUUCGAGGGACGUGCUCCCGCAUUGCUGGAUAAUCUCGUUCAAGCUCUGUUCUUUGCGCCGCUCUUCGUCUGGCUCGAGGUCCUCUUUGCUUUUGGUUACCGCCCUGAACUGAAGGCACGCAUGGAACAAGGUGUCAAGGAAGAGGUUGCCAAGUUCAAGAACAAAGGUGCACAAACCAAUGGCGACACGAAAAAAGAGUCGUGAUACCAUAUUUUUCAAAGGCAAUGGCAAGCAGUGCGACAAUAACUUUCACUGACCAAUAAUUUGCCAUCAUAAUUCUGAAACUGAGCGUGUGCAGGAAGCAAGGCGUUAUUCGUAUGGAGUUCUUUGAUUUACAUUGGACCUGUUCAUAAUAUAUCUAUCGCUCUCACACACAAUUCACACGACAUAGUUAGGCCCAAGUGUAUUUGCGUACGUACAUUAGGUAGCCCAAAGCAGUAGGAUGACCGGUCAACAACUGGCCCAAAGAUAAAGUGGUAUCAUCGCAAUGGACUCUUAUUCCACUCGAAGACUUCUUCUCCACGUGAAGGACGGGAUUCUCGCACGUUCGCAUCAGGCCAUUCACAUAAGCAAUAAAGUUCGAGGCGAUGACGACG